CCGGGUUUAAAGAUGUAACGCGUUUUUAAAGUUUGUAAACACAUUUUGAACUUUGAACCUAUGUCAAGGUUAAGAUGCUUAAGUAUAGAAGAGACUUUCUGGUGCGCUGGGAUUUCUGAUAUUCCUUGUGUAGUAAUAGAUUGAAUGGAAUAAGGAUUAGAGUUUAGUAGCGCUACGAUAAGAGUGAAUGACGUCAGAUCUGCAUACAGUUUAUGAAUGGGAAGAAACCGUUUGCACUACACAUACAAGGUUGAUGUCACUAUAACAUGCAAUUGCCACUUCUGCACUGGUUCGUACAGUAGCACAGGACUAGUCAUACUUGGUUGAUUGUGAAAGAAAAUGAUGACAUAGCAGUUAGUGAUGUCACAAGUGUUUAGUAGUAAGAUCAUUCAUGAAAUAAAAACAUGAUGAUGGUGAUGAUGAAGCCAGACAAGGAACAGAACUUGAUCGAGGAAGGAAGUGAGACGCAAGGAAGUACAGUCAAGGAAUGCAACGAAGGCAUCAGUUCUCCCCAUCAAUAUUCUCACCAGCAUUCUUAUGCUAAUAAGCCAUGUGAUGUUAGUUCAUUAACCAUUCAGGCUUUAAAGACGAGUCACAAUCGUGAUGCUUCUCCAGAGAAAAGGAUACUGUGUCCAAACUCAAUCGAAGAGGUGUCAAAUCCAAACAAACUUUGUAGGUACUCUUAUAUGGAUUGCACAUCCAGAUCUCGAAGUUCCACCUUAAAAUCUGAUAACAAACCAGCGGAAGAAAGAAACCUUGAAGAACUAGUACCUAAGGACAAUACCACAUCAGCUAGUUCUGAUAUCGCAUUCAAAAGUGACUUUGGAGAUUUAAGACUCAAAUUAAAUGAAGCUCCAUGUAUUGUUGUACAUGAAGCUGAUCAGGUUCCUUCUAAAGAUGAUGAACCAAUAUGUAACAGCAACUUCUCACCUAACACAUCCCACGUUCAACAGAAAAACUCUGACACCAAAGAAUCACCGGUUGUAUGGGAAGCUUCUUCAAAUUUGACAGCGGAGGGAUCAAAUAAGCCAGCUAUAAACCAUCUACCACGAUGUCUUCUUGUACAUAUAUUUUCUUAUCUGCCAAUGCAGGACAUUUUAGCUAAUGCAGCGUAUGUCUGUAAACUUUGGUAUGAUGUCAGUAAGGAUCCAGAUCUUUGGCGUGACAUCAAGUUGGAGGAUACGCACGGGAAUUACCGAAUAACUGACAAUGUUCUUGAUCGUGUGACAUCAAUUAGCAACAAUAUUUCAUCCAUUUUACUGGCAGAUUGUUAUCUUAUAACUGAUUCUGGAUUAGCAUCAAUUUUUUGCAAGUGUGCGAACUUGAGGGCACUGUAUAUUUUACGGUGUUCCAGAUUCACCGACAGGAGCUACACAUCAAUCGCAGAUCAAUGCCAUCGUCUGAAGAUACUGAAUUUGUCAGGUUCUACUGGCAUUACUGAUGUUGGACUUCAGAAGAUAGCAUGUAGCUGCCAACAACUGGAGCAUGUUCAAUUGAAUCGGUGUAGCAAAAUAACAGACAAAUCAACCCAAGUGCUUGCAAUCAAGUGCACCAACAUUAAACUUAUUAUGUUCCAGAACAAUGAAGGGGUGACUGAUGCAUCAGUAGAAGCUCUUGCAUCACACUGCAAGUCUCUGCAGUCUUUAACUAUACACAAAUGUUCCCUUUCAACAGAUGGUUUCUUCCAUUUAGCAAAAAUUCCAACGUUAACCAAAAUUGACAUUAGUAACAAUAAGAAUGUGACACCAGCUGCUGUCAAGUAUGUUGUCAAUCACUGUCGACAUCUGCAGUUAUUAAAUCUCUGUCUGUGCCAUAGUAUUGAUGAUGACUGCAUUAGACAUAUUGCCAUCUACGCCAAAGAAAUCAAGAAGCUCUUAUUAGUGGGAUGUCGGCUCACUGAUGAAGCUUUGUUAAGUCUUGGGAAGUAUGCCGGCAACUUGGAGCACAUAGAUGUGGGAUGGUGUGAGGAAAUAACAGACCAUGGUGUCAUCGCAAUCUCCAAGAUGUGUCUGAACCUCAACUACCUUGGCUUAAUGCGCUGUGACAAAGUGUCGGAUCAAACCAUGCUACAAUUGGCACAAGAGAAUACUCAUAUUCUGUACAGCACAUUUCUACUGGACAGUCAGAGACUUAUAGCUCAAGCAUCUCAAAAAGGCUUUGUGUUCAAGUUUGUUGAAGAAUACAAUUCAUUUUAGCUACUGGUUCCUAACCCUUUGAACUCCUGAAGCUAACUCUAACAUAACCUGCAACUCUUGGAUGAAAAUCAGAGAAAUUACUGUAUCCAUGAUGCCCAUGACAUGCAGCAAAGGCACAAAAAUAUGUAUUUUAUAUAUGAUCCUACAAUUAAAAUUACUGUGGGCAGCAUAUAUAUAUUUUUAUCUGAUUGGUCAGUAAAAUCUCUCUCUAAAGAAUAAAACACAUCAUGAGCUUUUCAUACUGAUUUGCCCAAUAUAUCAGGGUUACUGGGAGAAGGAAUCUAUGCUCUUGAUAUAGCUGGCUCCUGAUAUAGCUGGCUAUUAAACUGGUCCAAAGGGUUUUCAGGGGGUGGGGUGAGGGAUAAAUAAUGUUUAGUAAAAACUGCAAGACUUUAGGUGAAUUGACAAUUGGACCCAGCUUCAAAAAGGGUUGCAAACCAGGGUGCUAUUAUAUAAUUCAACAAAAGUAAUUAUGAGAAUAAUUUUAUUUUAUUUAUUUUUUAUUUUAUUUGCUCAUUUUUACAUUACAUUUUUUACAGCAACGAAAGUUGCCAUUUACAGAAUUAAAAUAACUACUGAAAUAAAUGCAUACAAGUUUUUUGGUUUUUUUUAAAUAUGGUAUGUUCCACUACAGCAACCCUGGAUAAUGAUUUUUUACGAUAAUGAUGACGAUGAUGAUGACAACCAUGUUAUUUUACUAUAUCUCAUAAAUACAAUUAUGUUUCAUUGGUCAAUUACAUUCAGUACUCAAGUCAUAGUUCUGACACAGAUCUUGUUACUACACCUCAUAAAUAUUAAUUAGGUAAUAACAUUUUAAUGGUCAAUGUCACUCGGCACUCAGUACAGUAUGUUGCCUACUUUCCCACUCGUGCUCAUUUACGCACUGUCACAGGGAACAAAGUACUACUACCCAAAAUCAUCUAUUGAAUACCUGGCUACAUGAGUCGUAUGCCAAUUUUGUAUUACUCAAAAACAAUUACUAGGCCUACUUAAAAUCGAUAUGGACGUUUUAUUAGGCAAGGAAAAGCAAGGCCUAUUUUAUUAAUAUUUAUGAGGUAAAGCAAAAGAAAGACAACAUGGUUUAAUAUUGGUUAAAUGACUUGCAUACAAUCAACUGCAGUAUUGUUACUAAUAUUAUCAAUAUUAAGUCAGCAUUUAGUCAUUGCUUUUCUCAUAGAUUAAAGCUUCUUUAUCUAUGUUUAAUUAUUAUUAAUGUACUUUCAUAACUAAUAGCAUUAGCAGCAGAGCUGAAGAAGUAUUUUCGUAAAUAUUAUCUUCAUCAUUACUUUGAGCUAAUGAAUUCUAUGUGAAAUUUGUCAAAGAUUAUACCUUUAUGUUCCUGAUCUCAAGGGCCAAUUGACUUGUAUAUUCUAACCUAUAUGUUAAUUGAUAACUUUGUGAGAAACAUUUAGAUAAAUAUUAAAAUAUGAAAAUUAGCACAUCUCUCUUAUAUUACUUCAGUUUUUAUAUGAUCAUGUGCAUUUUACAAGAGCCGAUAUUACAUUUAUUACAGAACAUUUAAAGUAUGUAAAUAUAUUUGUAAAGCAUGAGCGUGUGUGUGGGGAAUAAAGAACCAGUAAUUUAUACAAUGCCUGUAAAAAUCUCUGUAUUACCAUAUUCUGUGAUUAUACAUAACUACAUCAUUCAAAGUUUUUGAUUUUUAGUAUUGACUGUACAAAAAAAAAUAUUUGAGAAUAUGAAAGUAAAUAUGAUAAACAUUAUAAUAUGAAUAUAUUGAAAUGUGCCCUAUUGUUUUAGAAAGUAUUUCCAAGACAAUUUUAGGUGGAUUUGUAGGUGUUCAUACCAGACUAAGUUAUACUAAUGAGUUGAUGCUUUGUGCAAUUGUAUUCAAAAGUGUGGAAGAAACGCAUGUAUAUUUUUUUAUAGAAAAAAUAAAAUUGACAUUAAAUACAGAAGAAAUUGGUCACCUUGUAAGGUGCAAAAAUAAGUGUGUGAAUCUUGGGGAAUGGACCCCAAAAUGGGGGGGGGUCUCUUUCUAACACUCAUAUUAAACAUUCUUGGAUUAAAUACUUUUAAAAAUUGUAUAAAUUAUCUGUACAGAGGCUAAAUGAAAGAAUUAUGGUUUUGUGUACAAGUUAAGCUUUUGCUGUACAUUUUCGGUUGGCUUAACAUUCAGAACAACUAUGGGUACUGAUUUUAUGGACCAAAAUAUUUAGUGUAACAAACGUAAGAUAUUUACUGUGUGAAAGAUAUAGAAAUGAUUUUAAUAUACCAUAUAAAAAUA